AUGUCCUGGGAACUUAGCCGUCGCCGUAUCGUCCGUACCGUCAACUCGAAAUACAUCUACGGUCGCCUGCCGCUGGUGCACGCCAUCAUCUUCUUCAUCGAAAUGGCCCUUGUCGCGAGGUUGACAGCGCGCUUCAACGCCUACUACGAUGAGCGACCCCUCAUGACCAUGAUGGUCACCAAUGCCAUCCUCGGUGGCAUCGCCGAUACGACUGCCCAGACCAUCACGGUGCUCCGCCAGACGGCGCUUCGCCAGCCUGGUGGCGUCGGCAAGGACGAUGAUGUGGCGAUUGAGAUUCACGAGCUCGAUCGCAAGAACCCCCUCAUCGACCGCGACUUGAUUCCCGAUUCAAAGGCCCUGCCGCCGCCGUUCGACUUUGAGCGCCUCACCCGCUUCAUGGCCUACGGCUUCUGCAUGGCGCCGCUCCAGUUCAAGUGGUUCAAGUUUCUGUCCUCGACGUUUCCCAUGUCCAAGACCUCGGCGUUCGGUCCUGCCAUGAAGCGUGUCGCGUUUGACCAGCUCAUCUUCGCGCCCUUUGGUCUCGGCGUCUUCUUCACCGCCAUGACGGUUGCCGAGGGAGGAGGCCGCCGUGCCGUGUACAACAAGCUGCGCGACAUGUACGUGCCGACGCUCAAGGCCAACUAUCUGGUGUGGCCAGCGGUGCAGGUCAUCAACUUUCGCCUGAUGCCCGUGCAGUUCCAGCUGCCGUUUGUGUCCACCAUUGGAAUCGCAUGGACGGCCUAUCUGUCCCUGAGCAACUCGGCCGAGGAGGUCGACAACAGGCCUAACCAGCACACUUCUGACAUUCGCCUGUCCUAG